AUGUCGACCCCGUCUUUCCUAAGCGCGUACCGCCGCCCGAUCUUCGCCAGCGACGGCAAGUUCAGUCGGUUUGAUCUCGAACCGCAGCAGACCCACAAGAAGUACGGCUACUGGCGCUUUCUUUCCGAUGGGCAAGGGCAGGAUGACCUUCGCGCUUAUGACAGAGGUUUCUACAGUCCAGAGGACGUCCUGAUCGCUGAACUCCGUGGCGAGCCGACCCUCGACAUCAAGCUCAGCUGGAUCCCAGGAAGCGAGGAUAGCUUCAAAUUCAGACGGGACGACACGCCGAUGCAACACAUUCGCGUGAUCUAUGCAGAGUGGCAGUUUCUAGGCCAGUGGGAAGCGUGGCGAAACCGUUUUCCAGUCUACAAUGCAGACACCGAAAAGAAGCUGCUGCAAUGGCGACAGGAGCUGUAUGGCGUCUCACAAGUAGCUUCAAGUGCAGCCCCGCCCUCUCGACCUCCUCAGGCGGCUCCGCCCCAGCAUCGCUCCCCGUACGCCACGAGGCCCGCAGCGGAUCAAUCGAAGCCGAAUGGCAAUCCCCAGCGGGCGCCUUUCGCCGCUAGCAAUGCGAGCCAGUCCGUUCAUGUAUACAAUCCAAACACUUCAGGUCAACCAGGCGCUCCUGCCUCGCAAGGACCCGCGUUCUAUCCCACGAGCUCUGUGCCGGUCAGCAAUCAUGUACCUUCACCGGGCAACGGAUAUGCUUCCGUCCUUCAGCGCGUUGUCCAGGCGCGGACUUACGUGCCACAUUCGCAUAGUCAAAAUGUACCUCAGCAGCUGGGACGGCAGGCGCAAGCACUUGCACCAACACCCGAAACCAGGAAGAGGAAGGCAACGGAAAACGAAAUGGAAGCGAGGAAGCGGCCAAGGACGCAGGAGGUGAUUGACCUUACGGUAGAUGACUGCAUUGCAGUCAACAACCCCUCCCCACCGAGUAGGAUGCCGACUUCCACGCCAUCCCAAGAACACAGAGCUCAGCAGCAGGGGGUGAAGCACCCUGCCAAUGGUGCAUUCAACGCAUCAACCGCCUCAAAUGCCUCAUCGAUCCCGCCUCAUGCAGUCACUCAAGCUACAAUUCAGGCGCCGACUCCAACGCCGAGGCCGUACGGCGACAACGCCUCUCAACACCUUGGACAGCAUGGCUACGCCGGCCCUGCAGCAUCGGCCACGCCGAAGAGAAAGGCAGACGACCAGGCACGAGAGGGAAUCAAACGCUUGAAAACACAGCAAAAUGUCGAUGGAUCAAUCAUCCCAGGCAACGCACCACCAUACAACGGAAUUAUGACACCCAUGAACUCUCAAAAUCGAAUCCCCUCUGCGCAAGAAGCGAGACACCCUAAGAAUCCCCCUCCGACCACAGCAGCCGCUUCAUCAGUUCCCUCGACGAACCCUGCCACUCAAUCGCCCUCUUUUUGGGGCCUCAGCAGCUAUCAACCCAACACCCAAACACGACGAUUACCCAGCGCCCUUCGGCCUCCAAAUGCGCAGACCACCACGCCAUAUAGGUCUCCGUAUAGUCCAGUCUCGCCAUAUCAGCAGAGUAGCUCGUUCAGUCCUGCUCCGCCAUCCAAUGCGUCCCUUCCGGCGCCAAUGAAUCCUUCUCCACCCUCCUUAUAUCCUAUCAUCUCGGAGACGGGCGAGAGCAAUAAUGCGCAGAAGGUCAACAGGAGAGGUUAUCAACAGCAGUACCAGCAGCAGCAGCAGCAACAUGGUCAAAUGCAUAACAAGCAGCUGCCGGCGCAAACUCCACGGCAACCGUCAAACUUUAGAACGCCCGUUGCUUAUCCCCCAACUCAAAUGUGGCAGAAUUACCAGGGAGUGCAGCAGAGUCGCCAAGCCGUGCAGCCAUCGUCGUCAUCUCGUGAGCGUCUUGAAGCUCGCAAUACAGUUGCCAAACACCCCAACGGCUCGGCGCCGCCCAGGCCAAAUCCCUCCACAGCUCCAGCGAAAACUCAAGGCGUCCCAAGUCAGGGUACGGGCCUGCAGACUACGGCCAAAACUCAGCCCAAGGCCAACGUGCCAAUGAAGCUCCCGCCUUUGAACCCAAAUCACCCGUUCAACACUGAUGUCAUACCACUCAGUGAGGAAAUCCCAUGCAUGGAUUGUGGGGGAACACAAGAUCAUAAAUACGAUUGUCACAUCGGAAAUGUCCAACCUAUGGCGAAGCCCAACUUCCUACAGCUGAGAGGAAUGGCUGCGCUUGUCGAACAGUUCGACCCUGAGCCUUGGCGUACACACCUGGGCGCUCCUCCGACGCCACCGCCCGAAGAUCACGAGACAAAGGUUGCCGGUAUGGCUGAGAUCCUCCGGAAUGAGGAUAGCUACAAGGACGAUCAGGAUCUCCAGGGCUUAUCGGACGAGGCUCUGCUAUUCCUUUGGGCGUUUAAGACGUCGGACAAGAUUGACUGUGAGAUUGUGUAUCCUGAGGGAGAUAUACGGCCUUGCAACGCCGGCACCAGCCCGGAGAAUACCGUCGAGGAUACCAUCGAGAAUCCGCUCGAGAAUCCACUCGAGAAUCCGCUCGAGGCCAUCAACGAAUGGGAUGUUAAGCUAUGUGCUUAGCAGUCAGGCCUUGCGAGUCCUCUCUGAGGAAGAAUGCAUGUUGGUUGGAUAGAAAUAUGGUUUAGAUGGCAUUGCGCAUACCGUCUCGGUUCGUGGCGCAGAGGACGCAGCCUGGG